AUGUUUUGGCUGAUUGAUCGAGGUGGGGGAGGGGCUCGACUCGGGGCUUGGAGACAACGCUAUGGCGCGAGACCACUGCGCAGCGCAAUGCACAAUGUCAAACGAACACGCCAAACCCCCGAAGAGCGCGAAGCCAGAAAGCGAAAGGAGCAAACUAAGAUCGAAGAAUUUACCAGCCUAUCCCAGACCGUCCUAUCGAAGAAGAAGGAUGGCGACUGGUCCCAAGACGCCUUCAACCUGACCACGCGACUGCUGCAGGUGAACCCGGAGUUCUACACCAUCUGGAAUUACCGGCGGGAAAUUCUCAUAAACGGGACGUUUGCUAAAAGUUCGCCAGAUGAGAUCAAGAGCGUCCUCACGGACGAACUGGCUAUGGCCAUGUCCGCGCUCAAGGCCCAUCCCAAGGUGUACUGGAUAUGGAACCACCGGCGAUGGUGCCUCGAGAAUGUGCCGAAUGUGCCGGGGCAGGAGUCCGAGCCGUCGCAUCUUGGAUGGAAGCAGAGUGCCUGGGAUAGGGAACUCUUCGUCGUUGAGAAGAUGCUAGACACUGACCCCAGAAACUUCCACGCCUGGAAUUACCGGCGGUACGUGCUGGCGAGAAUGCCCAAUGCCAAACCAGAAUCGGCCGAACUUGCGUACACAUCUCGCAAGAUCGAAACAAACUUCUCCAAUUUCUCUGCGUGGCACCAACGGUCAAAGAUCCUGACGUCUCUCUGGGCCCAAGGAAAGCUGGAUGAGGCAAAGUCUAGAGAAGAAGAGUUUGAAUUGUUGCGGAAUGCCAUGUAUACAGAUCCGAAUGACCAGAGUGUCUGGAUGUAUCAUCGCUGGUUGGUGGGGACAGGCGGGGGCAAAACGAUUCUGGAAAGAGAGAUCACCGCGAUUCAAGAACUGCUAGACGAGCAGCCAGACAGCAAAUGGUGCAUGGAAUCCAUUGUCCACUACAAGCGACUCCUUGUGAAGAGCUGCGCUGAUGAAGUUGACGUCACUUCGCUAUUAGGGGAAUGUAAAGAGCUGUAUAAACGGCUGCAGGAACUCGAUCCGGCCCGACGUAGGCGUUAUCAGGAACUAGCCGAGGAAAUAGACUCCUGA